CGAGUGUCGUCACCUCGUCUUUACCUAGCUGUCAUCACCAUGGGCGUGAGACGUUGUUUUCUGUCUGCGUGGAUUCUGGCAGAAUUUAUUGUCUUUCUUUGUGGUGACUCGGGCUUUGCUCAAGCAGAUGUGUCCAAAAAUGUAUCACAUGAGUCAAAUGACCGCAGUAAAAGACAUGCCUUCGGUGCCAGCUAUGGACCUUCCUGCAGAAGACUGCCGCCCAUUAUGUGCACAUUCAGCAAGUACCGGACAGCAGACGGCACGUGCAACAAUCUGCGGAGGCCUCACUGGGGAUCUGCCAGGACGCCCAUGAAGAGACUUCUUCCGUUCGCCUACGAGAAAGUGACGAGAACACAUUCAACACCACGCCUCCUGGGAGUUGCACAAAGGCCCCUGCCCAGUCCGAGAACUGUAUCCAACUUCGUGCACACCAGCAGGGGCAGUAACAGACCCCUGACGACGUUCUCCAACGCUCACCAGGCUUUUGGCCAGUUCUUUGACCAUGAUAUUAACUUUACGCCAAUGCAAACAAACCCAGACAACACUCCUGUGAAGAAUUGUUGCAAACAAUUUAACCCCUUCAAACUUUACGAAGAACGAAAAUGGCCGUGUUGGCCGAUUCCAAUAACACGUAGAGAUGACGUUUUCAAAAAUCGAAACUGCAUGCAGUUUGUUCGCUCACGACCAAGUGAAUUCUGCCACUCGAAUACCGGGAAUCCAUUGGCUUGGGAACAGUCCAACGACGUGACGUCAUGGAUUGAUGCAUCCAUGGUAUACGGAUCAUCUCUUAAGAAACAAAGGGAGCUGCGUACUGGACGCCAAGGCAGAAUGAAGGUUCGUGGGAAUGAUCUGUUGCCAGCUGGAAACGACGGAAUGUGCAUGGAACGGUUGCCAUUGACUCCGCUAAUGGGACACAACUUCUAUUGCCUGAAAGCUGGGGAUGACCGAUCUAACGAGCACCCCGCACUUUCUACUUUCCAUGUGAUAUUCGUGCGUCUGCACAACGACAUCUGCGGCAAGCUGGCGCUGAUAAACAGGCACUGGGGUGACGAGAAGCUCUUCCAAGAAGCAAGGAAAAUACUUGGCGCCAUCAUCCAGGUGAUUACCUACAAAGAGUGGCUGCCAGAUUUGGUGGGUCCAGCGAUGACACAGAAGUUCCAGCUGUACUAUUCGGACGUGUACUUCAAGUACAACCCUUUCAAAGACCCCUCCAUGAUCAACGAGUUUGCCACCGCCGCCUUCCGUUACGGUCAUUCGCAAGUGCCCAAUUCUUUCAGCGUGGGCAACAGGAAGGUGGAGCUGAAGCUGAUGUUCCACAACCCGUCCUAUCUGGAACAGCAUAACGGCCGAGGACUUGACUUGUUCACCAGCGGCAUGCUCAAGGAUAACCCAAUGGCCGCCGACCGCUUCCUCAGCGAUGGCCUGGCCAAUAGGAUGUUUGAGAUCCCGGGCAAAUUCGCAGGGCUCGAUCUUGCUGCCAUCAACAUACAGCGAGGACGGGAUCAUGGUUUCCCUGGAUACAAUGAUUACCGAAAACUAUUUGGUAAUCCGUCAAUAACAUCGGGACCCAAAGGUUUACAGAACAAGCACUUACUGCAAUAUGUUUAUAACCACCUAAAUGACGUCGAUCUAUACACUGGAGGCCUAAUGGAGACGCCACUACCCGGGGCCAUGGUCGGACCAACAUUUGCUAACAUUAUUGGAGAAAUGUUUCACAGACUCAAGUUCGCCGAUCGUUUUUGGUGGGAGGCUCCUGGUCACUUUUCGUAUUCUCAGCGGCGGGAAGUGAGCCAAGUGACCAUUGCCAAGGUGUUCUGUGUGACGGCCAACUUGGAAAACGACCAGACUCAAGUACGAGGGUUCGAAGCGCCCAGCUACUGGAACACAGUCCGGAAAUGUGCUUCCAUUCUGGGGCAUUCCCCGCAUAUUUCGAGGUACUGUGUCGCUGGAAUUGACCUGCGGAAAUGGCGAGCGUAGAAGUUCAAGGACGCAAUUUGAGAUAUGUGACACUGAAGGUCACGUCACUAUUUAGCUCACAGAAAACAUAUAUUGCGAGUCAGUAGAACGACAUUUUUCAUCUCACCGCGUCAACAUUUGCUUAAAGCCAGAUUUAUGUUUUGUUAUAUUUUGUAGAAGUUAAUAUUAUGAUAACAUUUUCACUUUCUUUCGAAUACCCAGAACAAAUAUAUUGUAAGAGCUAUUAUGGAUUUGUCAUUCUAGUAUUAAAGCACAAUUUCGCUCAGGAUGGUCUGCACUAUUUGUCAGAUUGAAAUAAAAGUAUCCAAAAAAUAAUACACUGAGAA